ACAGCUCAACAUAAACCAUAAACCUAUGAGCUGCCGGCUACCAAGGGGAUCAAAACAAACAUGAGCGAAAUGAACAAACCAAAGCAACGAAACAAAACUAUGGUGCUUGUGGCGCUAUCUGUUGGAUAGCGUUGACGACAGCGGUCUGUGCUGCGCUGCUGUAACAAAGUGUUUGUGAAGCGGGUGUUUUCUGUUGCUUAGCCCUUAUAACUAGGUCGUCUGUUCAUCUUGAAGUUCCUGAAGAAUACCAUGUAUAGCAGCGAUUUUAUGGACGGCAUUUCAUUGAUUUACCAUGUGAGUACGCGCUAUGAACCACUGAUCUUCCGGCACAGAGACAGUCGAAACAACCGUGAAGUGGAAAUCAUGAUAUAGCAGAAGCGUAUAGUCAAAAGCGUUUGAAAUGGUAGAGCUGAAAAUUUUAGUCCUCCUCUGUGUUUGUUGGGGACUGACGUUCGCGUGGGCUCAGAAACCACCGAAACUGAGCCCCCUGCAACUACCCGAAGGCCUUGUCGCUGGCACGGAUGUCCGCCUUACGUGCAGUGUAGUUGUUGGUGACGCUCCCUUGGAGAUCCUGUGGUACCAGAAUGAGAAACGACUUACUUCUUUGUCUUCUGUUAAGGAAGAGACUGGUACACACUUGUCUACUUUGUCCUUUAAGCCGCUGAGUGAAGACCAUGGUGGAACAUACAAAUGCGUGGCCAAAAACGCUGCGGGUGGGGACAGUGCAUCGGUGGAGCUUGUAGUGAAUGUUGCGCCACGAUGGAUAGUGGAACCAUCUGACGUGAAAGCUGCAGAAGGAAGCACAAUCAUAAUUAAUUGCCACGUGAAAGGUACUCCUUCACCGCGAAUUGCUUGGUCGCAUGACAAUGGAGGAAGAGUCACUCAGUUAUACUCUGCACCAGCUGGUGAAAAUUCUUCUGAUCGCCAUAAACUUCUAUCAAAUGGCACUCUUUUAAUACGGGAUGUCCAGAAGUCCGACUCUGGGAUGUACACAUGUAACGUGAACAAUGGAAUUGGCUUGGGGCUGAAGAAGGCCGUGGCUGUUACAGUGUACACAGUAGCUCAAGCACAAGUUUUGAUGCAACAUCUGUCUGUGCAGUCCGGUCGUACUGCCAACCUCACUUGCAUUGCUACAGGCGAUCACCCAAUAGUGGUCACUUGGCUAAAGGGCGAUAAUUCAGUAACAGCCAACAGUCAACUUUAUGACAGAAUCCUUGUGUCCAAUGACACUCGGAAAGAACGACUGGUAUCUUCGCUGAUACUAAAGCAUGUGACAGUUGGUGAUGCAGGUCGUUACACAUGCAAAGUAAAAAAUGACUAUGCGGAAGACACUAAGGCUAUUCGACUAAAUGUCCAACAGCCACCCUCUAACCCAACCGAGGUUGAAGUAUCGGAUGUGUGGAGUCGUAGUGCCAGAAUCCGCUGGAAGAGUCCUUCUAGUUCAUCUGUUUUGUCAUACCAAGUGCGCUUUUGGUCGCACCGAGACGACGAAAUGUUGAACCACACUGUCCGUGGUGGAGUCACCACGGCUCUUGUCCGAGACCUCCAUCCUGCAACUGAAUAUAGAGUAGCUGUCGUAGCAGUGAAUUCUGCAGGUACAAGUGAAUCUUCCCCCGUCAUUAGAUUUAACACAACACAAGAAGAGCCAUCUGGUGCCCCUGUCAAUGUUCGUAUUGAAAAGUCGGGGGCGACUUUUGUACUCAUCACAUGGAGUCCUCCUCCAGAAAGUGAUUGGAACGGAAAGCUUCUUGGCUAUUAUGUGGGGUACAGUAGUACAUCUGAAUCCUCCAGAAAGAGCCCUUUUUCUUACCACACUGUUGAUCCAGACCAAGGCAGCUUUACUCUGCGAGGUCUUGCAAAGGCCACAUCUUAUGUGGUUGUGGUAAAAGCAUUUAAUGCCGUUGGAAGUGGUCCUCCAUCACCCCCUUUACCUGUGACCACCUUAGAUGGUGACUUUCCCCCAGCACCAACACUCAGUGUGUCUGCUGUUGAUCAGACAUCUGUGCAAGUCACCUGGAUGUUCAGUGUACCAGUGCCGCACAGGAUCACGGGGUACACUCUGCACUAUCGACAGCCUGGCGAUUCCUGGAAAGAAGUAUUUGUAGCCUCAGGGAAGCAGUCCUCUUACCUUUUGUCAGGCCUUGAGCCUUCCCUGCCAUGCCAGGUGUAUCUGAUAGCCCACAGCCGGCAGGUCAACAGUGAGCCUAGUGAUGUGCUAAAUGUGCCGUUGACGGUAACAUCAGUUGCACAGCAGCCAGGCUCGUCGGCUUCUUCAGAUGCAGAGCUGCGAGAAGUGCUCUAUGUAGUUGUGCCCAUUGUGACAGCCACAGCGCUGGCGGUAGUUCUGGUAGUGUCUGUCUGCUUCUGCUUGUAUGUGCGCAAGACGCGCCAGCCGCCACCACCUCCAGCCUAUGCAGACUUUCCCAGAGACUCAGACUUUACUUUUGCAGUUCAUGGCAUGCCACCUCCGCCUGGUAAGGCUACCCCUUACUCAACGAUGCAGAGGUCCACAGACAACGAGGGCAUUUAUGAAUCCAUUGUUGACAUGCGGACCUUGUCCUUACGCCGGAAACAGGCUGCCCAAAAUUCCCUAAGGAAAGGGUCUGUAGACUUGGUUGACGUGUGUGUUGUGUGAACAGUCAAUAGUGGUGAGAGAUUUAUUGCAUAGACUGUGUUGGCAGAACUUUCUAUGUUCAAAUUUUUUUAGGCAGGCCAACAAUAUGCAGUCCACAACUUAUGUAUUUUGUAGUGUAUGCUUGAAAUGUUAAUUUUAAUUAUCUAUGCUUCACAUGCAAAGCAAGCACACUUACUGGUCAUUCUGUUAUAAUUUGUGUGUGUGGUGUGUGUGCGUGCAUGCGUGUGUGUGCAUGCAUGCGUGUGUGUGCAUGCACGCACAUGUAUACCUUGGCAUGUGUGGUGAAUGGAAGGAAUUCAAUAUGCUGUCACAGGUGAAAUUACACGAGUGCUUAUAUUUUCCACUAGCUGACAGUAUCACUGUUGUGCAAACCUGUCACAGCAUUCUACUUUUCAGGUGAAGAUGGGAAUUGAAGUUUAUUGAACACAGGAGCACUUGCCACAUUGUAUUGCUGUGCUGUCUUAUAGCGUGCUAUUUUUGCAGCGAAUGUGCUGCCAUUCAAUCUGCCGUGACAACACACGGGCUACAGCGUUAUGCUGCUUAGCUUGAAGUUGCAGAUUUGAUGCAGAAAUGCUUGUGUACUGUGCAUUGUGUGCACAUUAAAGAACCUAAGGUGGUCAGAAUUAAUUUGGAGCCCCCCGUUACAGAAUGCAUCAUAAUCAGGUUGUGCUUUUGGCAUGUAGAACUGCAGAAUUAAUUAAAUUUUGCUGGCAUCCUGAUCAGCAGCAAGGUGACUGAAAUAUGGCAACUUUAAUCACACGUGGACUGCAGUUCAGCCACCUGUUGUCCAUUUAAAAGCAACAAUUCUUAUUCUUGCUGCUAUCAUGUGUUGCUUCAGCUGAGCACGAGGUCGCGGGAUCAAAUCCCGGCCACAGCAGCCGCAUUUCGAUGGGGGCGAAAUGCGAAAACACCCGUGUACUUAGAUUUAGCUGCAGGUUAAAGAACCCCAGGUGGUCAAAUUUCCGGAGUCCACCACUACGGCGUGCCUCAUAAUCAGAAAAUGGUUUUGGCACGUAAAACCCCAUAAUUUAAUUUAAUCGUGUUGCUUCAAAUGCUUCUAACCUGGAUGGCUCAGCAGCAGAACUUCCUAGAUGGCAACAUACGUGUGUUCCAUUUUGUUGAAUUAUAGAGCUUAAAAGCAAGCUGCUAGUUCUUCACAUAAAAAUGAAAAGUGAGCAGUUAUCAAUGUCUUGAUAAAUAGCCCACUCUCUUCUUGACAGGGCUUUCCAAGAAGGCUACUUUUUCUUGCGAGACUAAGUCCUUGUUCAUGCUACGCUUACUUGAAGUACUCCACUUUUUAUGUGACGUAGCCCAUGUUUCAGCUCAGAGAUUUAACAAAAUGUGCCAUGUGUUAGCUCUCAUCUCUACUCCAUUUCAUACUUAGUGUGCAAUGCUGUGGAAGCUAUGCAAGAAGUUCAGUCAUCAUAAUUUAUCCCUCUGUGGUGUCACAGGGAAGUCUCAUGGUCACACAUGCUCUCACUAUCUGCACGAGCCUGCACGGGAGGCUGGCACGAAAGGUUGCUAAUGAAAAACCCAUAAAAAAGUAAAAUGAUCAAAAACAGCAUAUUAACAGCAUGUAACACAGUUUGUUCAUUUAUAAUGACUGAAACUUUCUUCAUUGUGAACUGAGCCUAAAUAAAGAACAGUGUUGCAUAACUGCCUGCAAAAAACACCGAACUAAUUUUUCUUCUAAAUGCAAGUACUGCAAGAAGUCUUGCUAGCCUCCACAGCGUUGCACACUGUAUAAAACGGAGUAUAGGCCAUCUCGUGACAAGGCACUGUGCUACCAUACGGCUUAGCGAUGCUGUUUGGCAAUGCUCUUCUUUGAUCCUUACAUUCUAUUUUCAUCUGUACUAUAGAAAUGUGACUGAAAAGUGUUAUCCCACAGAAAACUGUGGCCAGUUUUUUUUUUUUCUUUUGUUGCUUUUCCGCACUCUCUUUACUAUCUGCAAUUGCUAAUGCUUAAAAAGCACUUGGUCAUUGCAGUAAAUGCAACAUGCAUUACCAUGCUGGGAUUGUGACUGGAACUGAUUGUGUUUUAUAGUAUUCUUAGACUGAAAUUGUUCCUCUGUGCUAUUCAUUGAUAGUCAUGGCUUGGUGUGCUUCACAUGUAAUUUUUAUGCUACAUACAACAUAGGUAUAACUUCUGUUUAUUUAUGUUUUCAACUCAUUGUGCAACAAAAGUUUUUAUUCGCUGCAGUAAUGAGGCCUUCAACGAGCUUACAUCAACGUGGAACAUUUUGGGUUACAUUUUUUUUAUGCAUUCCAUUCAGUAAUGUGAUUUGGAGGAAAAAUCUUUUUUUUUCUCUCUUCUUUUUUUAACAAAUAUCUGUUACAUUCAUUAGACACGUGUCCAUAUAGUGUCAUGUGAUUGUUCAAACCAAAGAAAAGAAAGUGUGUUGUGGAUUGUGCCCAAAAUGCUGGCUCGCUGGUUUCAAAGAAAUCUGAAGUUCUUAAAAGAAGUUUUUUGGAUAACCAAUAGUAAUACCUUAACGUCUUGAAAAGAAAAUCACUUACAGCACCACACUUUACUAAGAACUCAUGGGUAUUUACUUGAAUGCAGAAUUCACAUUGCUGUCUAUGUUAAUGAAGGUGGCAGGUUGGGGAAGUUGAUAAUCUGUGCUAUUCUUGAAAAAUCCUAGAAGCUGCAAAGGGACUUAAAAAGGGGACACAAGCAGUUUGUGUGUGCUUCCUUUCCUCUGCCCUCUCUACUUGUAUUCUAUGUUCAACGUGUCAGCAUUUUUGUUAUCUUGCAAUAGAUAAGUUUCUCAUUAGUG